AUUUCAUUUAGGGAUGUUACUGCGUUAAUCAUAAGUGCAUAUAGACUGUUUAUAACAACAAAAUAUAUAGCAAGAAAUAGUUAUUUAUGUAAGAAUAAAGGUGGAGAUGCAGAUUAAAAGUUUCAGCGUUAUUGUGAUCUUGUUCAAGUUCGUCAUUAACUCUCAUGGCUUCCUGCUACACGGCUCUGCUGGUCCUCUAACAGCCCGGCUGGGAGGAGCUGUACUGCUCCCCUGCUUUGUGGACAGACCCCUGCCUUUGGAGGAGCUGGAGGUGGACUGGAAAAGGACUGAUUCAGACACCAUCGUGCACCUAUUCCAGGAGGGUCAGAGCAGACCUGAAUCACAGGGGGACGCCUACAGGGACAGAGCCCACUUCUUCUCUCAGGAAAUCCCCAAAGGCAACUUCUCUCUGCUGCUUGAGGAAGUGAGGACUGCAGAUGCAGGAGUUUACAAGUGUGUGGUUUAUACAGAGCAGGAGCACCAUGAAACACGGGUGGAAAUACAGGAAGCAGAGCGGCUGGUGGUGAUAGGUGCAGAUGAGCCUGUCUAUGCACAUGCUGGAGAGGAUGUGACUCUCAGCUGCUCUGUGGACACCCAUGUUAAUGUGACAGAGCUUCAGGUGGAAUGGAGAAAGACAGACGAUGACGGUGACAUCUUGGUGCUUCUGUAUGCUGAUGGAGAGAACAGACCAGAGUCACAGGAUGGGAGAUACUCUGGAAGAGCUGAAUUCUUCACUGAGGAAAUUUCCAAAGGAAACUUCUCAAUGAACCUGAGGAAAGUCAGGACUGAAGACAAAGGAGAGUUCAGGUGUGAAGUCUACUCAGAUACUGAUUCUGCCAGUACAACUACCAGGAUAGCAGCACUGGGUUUUUCAUCCCUGCAUUGGCUGAUUCUGGCGCUGUGCAUCGCUGUCACACCUGUAGUCCUACUUACUGGUGCUUUAUCGGUCAGGCAUUUAAUAAGGGAAGAUAAAAGCAAACAGGCUCUGUUGAGUCACUGUUCACAUGUCACAGUUCCAUCAAUCAUGGUUUCCGCUGCAAUCAUCCUGUGGGGUGUAACUGAAGGAUCCACAGGAGAGGCUGUUACUUUUACAGCCAUCAGUCUGCUGUAUAUCCUGCUGUUCAUUUAUAUGGCUCCAUACAGGAAAUUAUUUAUAGUUAAAUGGCAGAAUAGUAUGAUCCUCAUUCUGAGAACUGCAUUUCCCAUCAUUCUGUUGGGUAUUCUGACAGGCUCUUCAGUUGAAUUUUUAGCAAAAAAUUCCCCAUCUCCAUCUGAGAAAGCAAUAUUUCGAGGCAUUUUUGGUGGAAUCAUAUUUAUGUUUAUCUUUUUUGUUUUACUCCGAAUCGUCCGUAUUGUUGUUUUGACAAAAUAUUUCCAAGAGAGAGAAAACAGCAUUAAGUUAUGUGCCAACCUGGCAGGAAUAACUGGAAUUAUAUUCCUGGUCAUGAUGGUUUCAUCCAUAAUUGCUGUCACUGUUCUUCUGGCAAAAUAUUAUUCUGAACUUGGAACUUUGGAAGGACAACUUGGAACAUUUUUAACUUUAUUAUUGUUACCCAUCAUCAUGGUUUUAUUCCCGGCAACCGGUGGACUUCCCCUGUCAGCCAUGGCUUCUGGUUAG